AUGACUCUGAAAACCCAAUUGAGACCGAGCCCGCCACGCCGCGUCACACUUGCUGCCCAGUCCCCAAUGACGUGCGAACGACCCAGGCCCCCCCGCUCAAGAACCCCGACGCCCAGCUCUCCAACACCGUACGGCACCGUUCUGUACGGUUUUAUCAAGACCAAUCAGCAAUCAUCUCACCCCCUUGGGAAAACUGGGACCGGCGGUCCUCCACCGGGGUCGCACGGCCAAGCCCGGUGGUUGUUAAUCGAAUUUGGGGUGGUUUCUCAACAACAACAACCAAGGUUUCGCCUCAAAGCCAAGAUCCUCGCUCUCAGUUCAGACCCCGCCUUUAAGGAAGCAGAGAAGGAAAAAAUGGAAACGUCUUGGCGAUGUGGAGUUUACUGGAGUAUCAGCGAUGGUCCUCCCCCGAUGGUGACUUGA